CAUUCACGGUAUACUAAGGAUUCAAUACCUACAUUAUCAUUUUGAUGGACAUACACUACCGAUGAUAUGUUUAGAUAAUAAGUUCAAAAAUAAGUCGUUCAUUAAAUAAAAAUAUUUUUAUCAACUGAUGCUAUAAUCGACUAGAUACACGAUUUUCCAUUAGUUAUUAUAUAUUAACCCAUAUACAUAUGUCAAUAAUCAAUAUGCGUAUAAUCCAUAUUCAAGACUACAUAUUAAAAUUAAAAAAAUCAUUUUAUCCCGUGCACGGCACGGGUAACGAUACUAGUAUAUAAUAGAGUAGAUUAGUUAUUUAUUUAAUUAUCAUUAGUCUGGGACUCCUUUUGUAAUUAUUACUCUUAUUUCCUAUAUAUAUAUCUGCCAGGGCUAACGUUAUGGUUAAGCCUGGUAUUAUUUCUCACAUGGUAUCAUGAGCCACAGCCAUCUAAAUCCCUAAUUUUUUUUUCGGCCGACAUGUCCAGCGAGCAAAGCUCCGCCGCCCUUGAGUCCUCUAUGCCGCCGAUCUCUUCGGUCGCUACUCAGCAGGUGCAGGCGUCGAAUUUCUCUGCAGCGCCGGGGAUUACAGUAGAUAUUGGUCUCUCUGCCGCGCAGCUUCAUCUUCCGUCCACGAUUCUUUCCUCGGUCGAAAACCCACAGAUGCAGUCUUCGUUUUUCUCCUCUCAAGAUGCGGUCUGGACUCCGCCAAUAUUUACCUGGACCCCUACUCCACCUACGGUGCGUCCGACGUCCUCAGUUCUCCUCUCUGGCAGUCGCAGCAUUCCCCACGUCGCAGAAUCCUCUGUUUUUGUUGGUCCGACACUCGCAGGUGAUCCAGGGAUUGCGCCACUCCUUAACCCAGGCUCUAUCGCUCCUCGUUCGAAUAUUCUGCCCGGUCCAGGUUCCUCGUUGUCUGAUUUAGUUAAAACCAUUGGAUUUUCUGCACUUAAUAUUACAAAUAUAGUUACCACUAAAUUGAAUGCCGUGGAAGAUUACUUGUCUUGGCGUACUCAAUUUGAGUCGUUUCUGGUCUCCAAUGGUUUUUUGGGUAUUUUAAAUGGCUCGAUUCCUGCUCCUUCCCCCUAUCUUUUUGAUGCAUGUCAGCGUGAGGUUCUUAAUCCAGAUUAUUGUAAUUGGUUAAAACUUGAUCAAACUGUCCGGUCUUGGUUGUUUGCUACUCUGUCACGUGAUGUGUUAAUUGAGGUUCGAGAAUUAAAAAAUGCUUCAGCUAUUUGGGGGCGUUUGGAGUCACAUUUUAUGUCUGCUAGUCUUGCUCGGUCCAUGGAACUGAAACGGCAGCUAACUCAUUCUCGGAAGAGUCCCACUCAGUCCAUGGAUCACUAUCUUAGGGCUAUUAAAGAUAUUGCUGAUAAUUUGGCCUGCAUUAAUUCUCCGGUCUCUACCAAGGAACUCUUUCAGACUAUUUUGCUUGGUUUGGGAAGAGACUAUGAGUCUCUUAUUACUUCGGUAGAAUUGUUUCCUGAAAGUUUUACGUUUGAGAAAUUGCGCACACACCUCAUUGAGAAGGAGCAGACCAUUCAAUAUAUGCGUGCCAUGGAAGACUCCACUCAAGCUCAGGCCUUUGCGGGCCAAGUUCAGCCCGCAGGACCACUUCCCCUUGGCGGACAGCAGCAGCACCAUGGCGGGCAGCAGCAGCAGCAUAAUGGCGGCCAGCAGCAACAGCAAAAUGGCGGCAGAGGACAACGCGGCCGAGGAGGCCGCGGGCAGCGUGGCCGAGGUGGCCCCUUGUUUGAGCUUGGGUUUCCUAUUCGAAUGCCUACCACCUUGUUUUGUGACAAUGUUUCAGCCUCAUAUCUUUCUGUUAAUCCUAUUCAUCAUGCCAGAAGUAAGCACAUUAAUAUUGACUAUCAUUUUGUUCGUGAGCGGGUGGCCCAUGGAGAUCUUCGUGUCAAGUAUGUUCCUACACAGGCUCAGCUGGCAGAUAUUUUUACAAAGUGUUUGUCCCCACAACGGUUUACUCUUCUUCGUGACAAUCUGCGCAUUGUUUCCCCUGCACAGCUUGAGGGGGUGUAAUAGAGUAGAUUAGUUAUUUAUUUAAUUAUCAUUAGUCUGGGACUCCUUUUGUAAUUAUUACUCUUAUUUCCUAUAUAUAUCUGCCAGGGCUAACGUUAUGGUUAAGCCUGGUAUUAUUUCUCACAAUAUACUCCAUAUAUUUCAAGCAUAGCCAAACUUAGAUGUCUGUGAAUACUAUUUACAUAAAAGUUUUUUUUUAAAACGGGAUGCAAAGUAUAAUUUGGACAAUAAAAUGGGAUGCAUACUCAAAUUACCCCUUAGAAUUAUCUAUAAGAGUAUAAUAAAAUUACAUAUUCAAAUGCAUAUAUACAGAGUACAAUACAUUAAAGGGUAUUAAUAAAAUGUAACGUACAAAUGCGACGAAGGGAACUAUUUAUAGUCAGAAUUCUUAAUAGUUGGUGAAUAAGUAAAAUGACUACACUAAUAAGAACGAGCCAGGGGUAGAUCUAGCAUUAGCUUUCAGGUGGGGUCAAAUUUUAAUAAAAUAACGUAUAUUGUAAAAAAGAGUCAAAAUGUAGUAAAAUAAUACUACGUGUAUAUUUAACAAUAUCAAUUUUCAGGUAUAAAUUGAUAUUUGUUGCAAAAUAAAUGUCAAAGACAUAAAUAAAUAAAUAAAUAUUACGUAGUACAAGAAUAAGAAUUUUGUCAAAGUCAAAUAAAAAACACCUCAAAUUUACAACUAUUUUUUAGAAAUCUUAAUAGAUGAUAUUGUCAAAUUAGAAGUAAACGUAAAAAUUAGAAUAAUAUAAAGGCAUAAAACCGAAAACCUAAAAGCUGAAAAAGUAAAAGUAUAAAGAACAAAAUCAUUAAAGGCAAUAAAGCCAUAAUAACCAUCCAUCAAAUGGUUUAUAAUCCUAAUUUACCAAAAUACUCAGUUUUGGAACCCCGGAACCCCCCAUCAUGUGGCUGCUCUGCUCCUUUAGAGAUUUUAGUUUGAAAAUAUACUAGUGCGUUGCAGCUCACUUUCUGAACUAGUGCCAUUAUAUUACUUCACAGUACAAGCGACAAAUACACGGCCAAAGCAAACUAAAAAUAGAUACGGAGUGGAAAAUAAGCCUCCUUAGAAUGAAAGUAGUAAAUAAAAAAGCCUCCAGACAUUUAAAAAAAAACCUACUGGAGGCAAGAAUUGAACCCGCGUCCACAAGCACAGGCAGGUCUGCUUCCAUCUCGGCUACACGGUUUCAUUGUCAUAAUUUGACUCUCGUUAUUAUUAUUCCAUAUCCUACAACAAUAUAUACAUAAUAAUAUAUAUAUAUAUACUAGUAAAUUUUUUAUUUUUGAGGUUGGGCCUAGGCCCUCACUGGUCCUAAGGCAGAUCCGCCCCUAGAACGAGCUAUGCACGUGUAAGGCCUACUGAUGAGAGAAAUGUUGAUUGAUUGAUUGAUUGUACGUUGCACGGUUAAUCAUCCUUUGAUAACAGGACGUCUGGAUAAGUCACAUGUGUAGAUUGGUGACAGCCAAUUUGUUAGUUCCGACUACAAACAUAUGUGUAGUGUGCCAAGCUCGGCUCUGCUUGGCCCAGAUAUGAAGCCCAGCUCAAAUCUGAUGAAGCUCGGCUCUUAGCUCGACUUUGAAGACUAGCUCAAUUAGGAUGCAAUUUUGGACUUCUUUCGUCAAUUUGAGAACCAGGUUUAAACUCAUCCUCAGCCCGAGGGGCAAGCUUAGACUCAACUAGAAAUGUUGUCCUAGUCAAUUCCGAAAGUUUAUUCAUGUCUUAUUGUAACCCUUGGAACCUAUAAAAAUAUAUUCCAUCAAAUCUUAUAUUGGACAUAGUUUUAAAAUUAAUGCAAAGCCAAUUUUAUGACAACGUUAAUGUUAACAUUGUAGUUCUAAUAUAAUGGGAGAAAUCCAAUAAUAGGUCCACACAAUUUUUCUAAAAUUUAGACAGUUACAUGCUCCUGGGCACUAACCCCUCCCAAACCACUGUCAAAUUUUGAGAGAACUUUGAUGUUUGAAUGCAUUUUCUUUUCGAUGGUUAGUCAAAUAGACUAUCGACUAUUUUGGAGAAUUUCUCCUAAUUGUUGUUCAACUCAUGUGUCGAUACAAAGAACACUUUGAACUUGUGAUCAACGAAGAGGAAGGAUUGAUUUUUCCUAUAGACAACAACCAUGGGAGGAGCAAAGUGGAAAGUUUUUUUCUAAGAUGUUGAUUUCGUUUUGUAGAUUACCUAUUUUUUCUUCUCAAUUUGGGUUGUUUUACUUUUGUUUUAUUGCUUUUGUUGAUAACAUUUAUUUUCACCCCUUCAAUUUGUUGAGCUAACUAACAUAGCAAAUACAACACUCUUUUUAUUUCAAUCUCUAGAUUAUGUAAUACUCCGUAAUUAAAAAAUGAGUAAAUUUGAAAUUAACUAAUUUGAUGUCCAAGACUAUUUAAAACACUUUUUAGUACUCUCUUCAUAUCUAAAAGUUUACUGUACUUUCAUUUAAAAGUUUAACUUUUCUUUUUUUGGUAAGUUUUUUCUUUAAAAUUACACAAUUACCAUUAUUUUUUCUACUUUUUAUGUUCUCUUUCCUAUUUUUUCACAAUCUCUUCUACUCCCUCCGUCCCUGAAUUUACUUCCAACUUUCCCUUUUCGUCAGUCCCAAAAAGAACUUCAUUUUCUCUUUUUGGCAAAGAAUUUGUUGUUCACAGCAAUUCUUACACAUUUCUCUCUCUUCUGCACAACUCUCUACCACACAAUUCUCACUUUCUUAAUUUGUGUGUCAUUUGUACUACGGAAGUAAAUUCAAGGAAGGAGGGAGUACUUUUUUCUGUCAUAUUCAUUGCCCAUGAUAUUUCUUCCUUAAAUAUUGUUCAGAGAGGUAAUGUAGUGAUCUUUUUUUUUGAAGCCAUUUUCCUUUUUUAAUAACACAAAUUUAAUUUAAACAUAAGAUUUCUUGAGACAAUCCGGCCGUUUCAACUUUCAACUAUAGUAAUUUCAUAAAUUUCUGUAUAUUCAUCCCAUUUGAGAUCUAACAAACGGCGCCGGAUAUAAAAAAACAGUGUAGCAAAGCUCACCUUCACGGGUCUGUUGUCGGAAAGCUGCACAGUGAGUGACGCAUCGGCCUCAAUGGGUCGUAGCCCUGCAAUCAGGUCGCCGGCCGACGACCAAGACUGCACCGCCGGUGACGGCUUUACGACAGCAUUAACAUUAUCUUCUGUGAAAUGCAGAGAAUAGUCCGGACAUUCCCACAGGGAAGCGUCGUGCAUUGAUUCCGGGAAGACGGAGAGGCAGGCGGCCCAUAGAGUGACGCAUGAGUGGCAAGUCAAGGUCUCCUUAGCUGAGGGCUUCCUCUUGCAUCUCAUGCAGACGCCUUCCCGUCGCAAGGAAAGUAGGUAACUUCCGGCACCACCAUAAGUUCUUGCCGGAGAGUGAAUUGUCGGAACAGUCGGACUGUGGGAGAAAAGCUUGAAUUCGGAAGGACAGGGGAGAGAGUGGAGAACUGUAUGUGUG